GAAAUUUUACAGAAUUAUCUGAUUAAUUAGUUAUGUUAUUUUUUUUAUUUCUGUGUUAUGUUAUACAACUAUAUUUUUUACUUUAAAGUCUACAAGCUAUUAUGAGUAUAACGCCCAGAAUUCUAAUUUAGUGGAAGGAGUUAAAUUCAAGGACCUCCCUUCUAGACAUGAGCUUGGUUAUCUGUAAUAAGUUGUUAUGAAAAUAAUAUCAAUAAAUAAAUACAGCUAUUAAAAGUAGCACGUUUUGCGAUAUGAAGUAGCAUGAUUAUUUUAUCGUAAUUGAUAUGAGCAGUCAAUGUACAAUGACACUUGUUUUAUUUAAUACUGAAAAUAUGUAAAACAUUUUGAACAAUUCAUACAUCCAUACUUAUACUAAUACACUUGUUAUUCAUUAAUUUACAGCUAUUAUAAUUUAUAACAUGAUUGUAUUUUUCGUUAUAACUACUAAUUGUAAUUGCAAUAUGUUGAACAGUUACACUACAAAAAUGAACUGAUGAUUUAAUUGUCAAAAUGUCAUUUUUUAAAUAUCUUUAUUCUUUUCACUAUUCAUUCUAAUAAUAAUUAAAAGAAAUACAGAUAAUCGAAAAAAAUAUAGAUAAUUGAAGUUAGUUAUGUUGCCUAUAGUAGAAAUCAAAUAUAAAUAUGUGCGGCGAAAAUCAUUUUUAUUCAUAAAGAGGUCUUGGAGGACUAAUAAUAAUUAAUAUUAAAAUGAAUAUUAUUGCUGUAGAAGUCAUAAUUCGGUGCCAAUAGAACAUUGUAUGUAUCACAAUAUGAAAUCAUACUUAAAUAGCGAAUUUUAAUUUAUUACACUCAAAUUGUGAUUGAUUCUGGAAUAGUUGAUAAUCUUAAUUUAUACUUCGAAGAAUUAUAAAAAAUGAGAUGUCUUUCAAUUUUUUAACUCUGGUGUCUACUGGAUACAAUUGUUACAAAAUCAAAAUGAUUGAUUAUGAUAUGACUGAACAAUGUAAUACAUAUAAUAGUAAUACGGAAAAUGUUAUAUUUUUUUAUUGAAAAAUUUAUGUUAAAACUAUAUUAUACAAUUUUCAUGACAUAUAAGGAAAUUACACUGUAUUUUUAAUACUGUUAUGACAGAAGUGAAAUUCAUUAAAGUAAUUUAGAGACAUUAUGUCAAAUUAAAUUUUAUUUUCUAUUGAUUAAAUAAUGCAAUGAGUUGAUUUUUUGGCAUGAUGUACUUAUUCUAAUGAAUUUCCUGGACGGUUAUUGGCGCUUACUAAUACAGUACUUUCAUGUACAUAUAUUAUUAAUAGUAUUUUACAGGAGCUCGCGUGUAUAGUCUAUUUUCAGACAACCCCCAACUAAUAUGGUUAAUAGGUUAGUUUCAAUUGUUUGAUUUCAUUCGGUAUUUCGAACUCUCGACUGUUUGGAAUAUAUUAGUCCGACUUCAUUUAUUGGAACUCAGUCAAUAGGUACCAUUUAUUUUGUGAACAACUUAUUAUUUUUUUAGAAAAACUCGAUGACUUGAUUUAGUGACCAUAGACGUUUGAUAUUUAAUUAAAAAUGGAUUCGUGGUUGGCUGUAGACGUGACAGCCAACGUCUUAUCAAGAGAAACACGAGGGUCAGUUCGAGGAGCAAAAACUACCAUUGAGAAAUUACCGGACAAGGUUUUACUUAACAUAUUUUCUUACUUAAGUCACAAACAAAUAUGCAGUAUGGCUCGAGUAUGUAGGAAAUGGCGUACAAUUGCAUAUAACACGACCCUAUGGCAUAGUGUGUCAUUGAGACCAGAAAUUUCAGGAUUGCAUGUUACUUCUUUAGAUUUUCUUCUAUCUCUUAUAAGUGUUAGAUUUGGAUCUUCAUUACGUUACAUCGAACUACCUAUCGAACUCAUUACACAUACAGUAUUACAUGAGUUGGCUAACAGAUGUCCAAACCUAACACACAUGUUGCUCGAUUUCUCUACUGCUAUGCAACUACACGAUUUUAGUGAACUUCAAGCAUUCCCGACUAAAUUAAAGUAUCUUUGCGUUUGUCUUUCAGAAGUUAUUUUUAUGGAAGGUUUUAUGAGAAAAAUUUAUAAUUUUAUAAACGGAUUGGAAAUAUUGCAUUUAAUAGGAACUUAUGAAAAAGUCGAAGAAGAAGAAGAAGAGAUCUAUGAAGUCAUUAAUGUUCAUAAACUUAAGUCAGCCACUCCUAAUUUACGAGUAAUAAACUUAUAUGGCAUUAACUUUGUAGAUGAUAGUCAUAUAGACGCUUUCAGUUCAAAUUGUAUUCAGUUAGAAUGUCUAGCUGUUAACUAUUGUGCUAAAGUAACUGGCUCUACGAUGAAAACAUUGUUUCAGAGAAGUAAAAGACUUCGCUGUCUUCUUAUGAAUCAGACAAAUUUGAUUAGCGAGUACGUUAUGCAAGUAGACUGGGAAAGAUCAUCAAUUCAAGAACUAGACAUAAGUGCUACAGAUUUGUCAACUGAAUGUUUGAUUGAUAUGUUAGUUAGAAUACCCAAUUUAAGGUUUCUUAGCGCGGGCCAAAUAAAUGGUUUCAAUGAUGCAGUAUUAAAUACUUUUAUGGAACAGGGAAAUGCCAGGAGUUUGAUUGCAUUAAAUCUUGACUAUUCGGAUAAUUUGACCGAUGAAGGGCUUUAUAAAUUUCUCUCUCGUCAUGGCCAUCAAUUACAAGGUUUAUCUUUGGCAGGCAUGCCGCAUAUAACCGAUCAAUUAUGGAAUACUGUACUACCCGUUCUAACAAAUGUCAAAAUUGUGGUAAUGGGUACUCAAGAACGAUUGAUGGGUAAUAUAUUAGUAGACCAACUCAUGGAUGGCAUAGCUACAAAUUGCCCGAAAUUGGAGAGAUUAGAAUUAAAAUGGGAUCCAGACAACUUGAGAUUUUCAGAUAAGAGUCAAAAAGCUAUAGAUAUAUUUCGAGUAAAGUGCUUGAAGCUCAAGUGUCUAGUUUUAAGUGAUGGGAGAUAUUAUGAAAUAGUGAAAGCAAACUUCGAGAGAGCAGAUCGUUUAACUGUGGUCAGAACUACUACCUGUUGUAAUGUAUCUAAUUAUUAUCUCCUACAAAACUAUAAAGAUUUGAUAUUUAAUUAGAUUUGUUUAUUGUAUUAUGAAGUUCAUGUGUAUAAUAUAUGUAAGAUAAUGUAACA